AUGUGCUUCGACGAGAUCGAACCUGGCCUCGAGGGUGUCGAGGACAGUGGCUCCGACAGCGACCAGUUGGACUUCCCGCCGCCGCCACUGCCGGCUGGAGUGCGAAAGACAGCCGUUCGGCACGCGUCGUCUUGUUCGUUCAUGAAGCGUCCACGGACGGGCGACGAAGUCCUCAUCCAUUACGUGGGCAGUUGGGCCGCCGAUGGCUCCGUGUUCGAUUCGUCACGCGACAGGGGGGAACCGCUGCGGUUCGAGGUAGGGAAAUGCGAGCUCAUGGCAGGCUGGGAUUUCGGAGUGCGCACGAUGCGCGUGGGCGACCUUGCUCGCUUUGCGCUGGCACCCGAGUUUCUGAAGGAAUUGGGCUGUGUGUGUGGUGGCCAGCUGGCAACAGGCGGAGCGCUAGUCUUCGAGGUCGAGCUGCUCGAAUGGGUGAGUUGCGUGGAUUUGUUCGGCGAUGGCUCGGUCAUUAAGCGCAUGGAGCAGCGGCCCACUGACAGGCGCCACCCAGUCCUGGGUCAAGUGUGCAUCCUUGGGUAUCGGAUUUCCGUUGCCGAGGACGGGAGGGUGCUAGAAGAGCAGGACGCAUUGGAGCACACCAUUGUGGAUCUGGCUGAGCGCCUCGAAGUUGUUGCGGCGGGCGGCAUGGCAUUGAGGGUCGGGUUACUCAACAAGGCAUUGAUGUCGAUGAGGCGCGGGGAGCGGGCGAGGCUGCAGCUGCGCGCCAGCGACAUCUUGGACGAUGACCAUCAGAAGACGCGUUGUUUCACCGACGACGCCUUGCUACACGUCGAGCUCGAUCUCCGCGAGUUCGUGGAGGACUCAGACAUAUCGCGAAACGGGACGGCUCCGUUGUGA